GGCACUGCAAGUCGCGAGGUGGGCGAGUGGCUGACACGACUUACUCUCCACCAUUCACAGAUGAACGUAGGGUUUGGUGGACAAUCGCAGGCAGAAGCAGAACCGCAACCUGAUCCAAAGGCGACAGAGUCCUUCGUCGCGUCGUUGGAACGAGCAGAUGCGGAGCUCAGGUCGCGAAUGGCGCGUCUGGAAUUGGGAGACAUCGGCACGGGAAACGUGGGAUGCGCAAUUUGCUUAGAAGAGUACGACGCAGAGGAUAGACCCGAAUGGAUUGCUGGCUCGGCAGCGCGCGAUCACGAGUGCGUCGUGGUUCCUUGCGGAGGCUUCCACACCCUACAUGCCAGCUGUCUGCAAGAGUGGUUCUCGGCUAAACCUCCUAACGAGUGGGCCUGCCCUUUUUGUCGAGAAUCACUGGCGCCCAAGAAGUUUGUCAAGGGUAGAGUGGUCGAAUUACCCAGGGCAAAGCUUGGGGUGGGGCUCAGGGAGGAUGUGAGGAGAAGGGAACGGCAGCAAGGUUGGAGGUGCGAUAGCCCUGCUUGCCUGCCAGAGUAUCCUGAGGACCAAAAUGGCGCUGAGAAAGACCACGAGCGAGAGCAGCUGCUGAAACUGAAGCCUUGUGGACACGAACAUCAUUUGGACUGCCUCACCAUGGCCAUGCGUCUCGACAAUCCCUUUGCAACGUGUGAGGACGAGGAAGAUGACGGAGAUGCCUGCGUUUGGGACGGCAUUUCGGACCCUUCAAGAUCCGCCUCCAGCGCUUCCGGAGUCACCUCGAGUCCAGCCGCUAGCGAGAGUCUCAAAGACCAGGAGGCAUCCGAGAUGGCGGAAAGUGCUCCGACAGCAUCUACCAAGAACGUCGACGAGGCACCAGCGCUUAGCGUGCCAAACAGCGAGGGUAAAUGGGUCACUUGCCCGAAGUGCAGACAUGAGGCUUGGGCAGCUCUGCCACGCAGGAGGAGGAAGCGUGCUGCUUCGUCGCAAGAGCAGGGCGAAGCGACGCAGUUGCCGCGUCGGUAAAGGAGAAGAAAAGCGACCGAACACACGAGGCUUUUUGGGCGCUCAUCCACGGCACCCAACCGCAUCCCCCCACGGUUCAGCUGGAAGC